AAACCCAUCAUCAAUGGCUACUUCCUACCACGUCCGUUCUUGUAGCUUACCAGCUCGGCUACACUCAAAUGGCCUUAACCAUAUUCAGCAACUUCUCAACAAGCUUCCUACAGAUAAUGAUAACGGUCUCUCACUUCUCUCUCAUCUAUACGACUCCAUCUCUCAUCUUUUCAACGACUCACCAGCUUCAUUACUUCUCCCUCAUCACUCCUUCUUCACCCACCUUCUUGAUCUCUCCCUUGUACACCUUGACUUGUGCUCCAAGCUAAGAGACAUCACUUGCCGCAUCAAGGACUGCCUCCGAGACCUCCGUUCUGCUUUCAGGCGGAGGAGACACGGUGGAGAUUCUACCAUCCGCUGCCACGUUAAAGCCUUUAUCCGCUCUAGGAAAGCGGUUCAUAAGGACCUCUCUAAGCUACUCUUGUUGCUCAAACAAACCGAUCACUCCUCCUCCGGGUCCACUCAUCCUUUGAUCACACUGCUCCGACAAGUUUGUUCGCAAACAUGUCAUUCCUUUAGGACAGUCUUGUUGUCCUUAUCCACAUCUGUACCGAAGCCCAGACCUUCCAAAUGGGCUUUGGUCACCAAACUGGUGAUCAAGAACGCUACUACUAGUGGUCAAGUUCAAAACGGACACAGAAACGAGUUCCAGAUGAUGGACGAAGAACUACGAAGAUUCUGCUUGGCAAAAGAGAUAAAGAAGGAACGAAUCAAGUCUUUGAUCACCAGCUUGGAUAACGUAGAUGUUUUGGUUGAAGAUCUGGAGGAGUCGCUUGAGAGCUUGUACAGGCGUAUGAUCCAAGCUAGAGUUUCUCUUUUAAACAUACUCUCUUUGCAUAUAUAAUA